AUGCGCCUAUCCCACCCUUCAGCCCUCGUGGGCAUCUCUUCUACCCCCCUGAGACGAUUAUACUCUGCAUCGCGCAAAAUCCAAGAGAAUGACGUUCUCUUCCUGCGCCAACAGGGUAUUAAAGCUCCCAAAUGGCAUCUUACGUCCCCUCUUCGCGCCGAUACGAAAAUAAGACUUGGUUAUGGUGCCUCUAUUGGUUCAUCCGAACUCAUUGGUCGUCAGGUGCUUGAUGUUCUGAAUGAUAGCUCGGGACGUUCUGUCACUCUUCACGAGCCGACCUUGGCUUCAUACAUCAUUAACAGCCCUCGACAAGCCACACCGAUCUAUCCCCACCAUGCGAAUACCAUCGUGUCGCUCCUCGAUUUAAACCUUCCCCGGCCUGGUGAAGAGGAACACGACGUAGAUCCCAAUCAUCCAACCCAGCCGUUUGAGAUAUUUGAGGCUGGUACUGGAAUGGGGAGCUUGACGUUACACCUCGCCCGUGCUCUUCAUGCAGCGAAUCCAGCUGUACCUCCAAGCCUGCGAAACACCCUCUGCACGGCACGCUACAGGACCGAUGGGUUUGGUCUUGAUCUCGCCGACAAGGACCAGGCUGCCCUCGACUCUUAUCGGUCCAGCCGUCGCGCCGUGUUGCAUACCCUUGACCGGAGCGUUAAACACUCGCGUGCAGCACAUAAACUGAUUCGCCACUUCCGCCGCUCUUUGUACUUCCCCACUAUAGACUUUCAUGUCGGCUCCAUAGAUGAGUAUAUCUCAUCUCGUCUUGCUGAGACGGACAACCAGCCUCUCCUUGCUCAUGCAAUCCUCGACCUCCCUUCCGCUCACGACUACGCUUCCCAGGUUAUUCAGGCCCUCCAUCCUAACGGCCUUCUUGUCAUCUUCACGCCCUCCAUUAGUCAAAUCGCUGACUUCCAAACUUGGGUUGCUCGCACAGGCCAGCCCAUGCGCCCCGAGAGGGUCAUUGAGCUCGAGGUUUCGACAACGGCUGACGGUGUUCUUGAUACUGGCGGUGGCAAGGAGUGGGAUGUCAAAACCGUUAUCCCUAGAGAAAACCCUGAAGGCGCUGCAGUGCAAGUGAUGCGACCAAAGGUGGGUGAGCGAGUCACUGGUGGUGGGUUUGUUGCUGUUCUCAGGCGAUGGCCAGUUGAUCAGAUACGCUCGCAAGUUGAGUUCUGUACACAGGAGAGUUCUUCUGAAGUUGAGUGUGGGUUUGAGAAUAAGGGAACUUCUGAAGCUGAAGGGAGCCCAGAAAGUGAAGAAACUACUGAAGUUGGGGGCACGGCGGAUGCUGAGCCAACAAAGACUGAAUGA